GCACGUGAGACUGCUGCUUAAGAGAUGCCAUUAUUCUGAUCAGACAUUCAACUCAGAUUCUUAUCUAAAACAAAAACAGAAUUACCUGGAAAAACUCAGCAGAGAGUAUAAAAUGACUGGAGAAGUAUCGUUGAACAUCAAUACCAAAGAGCCUCGAUGGGACCAGGGUACUUUUAUUGGGAGAGCAAAACACUUCUUCACAGUUACUGACCCCAGGAACAUUCUUCUAUCAAAUGCUCAAUUGGAGAAUGCUAGAAAGAUAAUACAUGAUUAUAGGCAAGGUAUCAUAGCUCCUGAACUUACAGAAGAUGAACUUUGGAGGGCAAAGUAUAUCUAUGAUUCUGCGUUUCACCCAGAUACAGGAGAAAAAAUGAUUCUUAUUGGCCGAAUGUCAGCUCAGGUGCCAAUGAACAUGACAAUUACUGGAUGUAUGAUGACCUUCUAUAAAACUACUCCAGCAGUGGUUUUCUGGCAGUGGAUUAAUCAGUCCUUCAAUGCUAUUGUGAACUAUACUAACAGAAGUGGAGACGCUCCAAUAACUGUAGGCCAACUUGGUACAGCCUAUGUGUCUGCUACAACAGGUGCAGUAGCAACGGCUCUUGGCCUUAAUUCACUAACUAAGCGUGUGACACCUCUAAUAGGACGCUUUGUUCCAUUUGCUGCAGUAGCUGCUGCCAACUGUAUAAAUAUCCCUUUAAUGAGACAAAGAGAAUUGAAACAUGGAAUACCAGUAACAGAUGAGAAUGGUAACCGACUAGGAGAAUCAGCAAAAGCUGCUCAACAGGCUAUUGUACAAGUGGUCAUCUCUAGGAUCCUCAUGGCUGCUCCUGGCAUGGCUAUCCCUCCAUUUCUAAUGAAUACCUUGGAAAGGAAAGCCUUCUUAAAACGAUUCCCAUGGAUGAGUGCACCAAUUCAAGUGGGCUUGGUGGGAGUCUGUUUAGUAUUUGCCACACCACUUUGUUGUGCAUUGUUUCCACAGAAAAGUUCUAUGUCUGUGAACCAUCUUGAGCAUGAUAUUCAAGCCAAAGUUCGAGAGACCAGUCCUGGAGUGGAAUAUGUUUACUUCAACAAAGGAUUAUGAAAACACAAAAUAACUGAAGAUAAACACCAAGCAAUCCAAUUUGUAGUGAGUGCAGUGUGCCAAAAUUUAAGAACGUUUUUCUUUGUCUUAACCCAUUUGUACUUUUUUCAAAAAGCUUAUUUAAUGACUUAAAAAUACUAAUUUAAAUUAAUUCUAAUUGAUAAUAGUUUCAGAUGUUGCAGUAAGAAAGGCAACAGUUUAUAGGCUCUGCAUUUAUGUAGUCUGUUUCUAAAAUAACUUACAUCAUUUAUUAAUGUGAACCUUGUCAGUUAACUGACACAGCACAAAACAUUACUAUGAAUCAAAUGUGUGUUAACUACAUUCCAUCUUAUUAAUGUUUUUCAUACUGUGUUUAUAAUUAUUUGCUAAUUAGAAUAGAACAGAAAAUAAAUCUUGUGACUGUGUUUAGUAUCAUGUAAACAUAAUUGUAUUAGAGAAUUAGCUUAAACAUUUCAACUCAAAUUAUAUUACAGGUAGUGAGUGAAAGCAUCAGAAGGUAAUUUUCCAUUAGAUAAAUCGUAUGUCUUGUGGACUUUGGCAAUUGAAUAAUGUUUAGACUCCAGAUUGAGAAUAAAGGUCAGCAUAUCUAGGUACUUGAGCUAUUAAAUACUUGAAAUAAUGCAGUAUUGAUACCUGUGAUCAGAAGAUAAUGGUUUUAAAAUUUAUAAUCUCAAUGACAAUUGUGCAAUAAAACUUGUGUUUCUCUAUAAGCACAUUCUUAAAAAUAAUUUGCAUUCUUAGAAAUCUAAUGCCUUUGGGACUUUUAAAAUUAAGUCAUGAAUAUAGGAAUGCAAUACAGUUUUAAUAGGAAGGUAUUGGUAUAUUGUCUUGCAAGUGUUUCAAUCAGUGGAAGUGUAUUAUUUUGAUGAAACUGGAAAAUAAAAUCUAAAUAAAGUCAAA